AUGGAGGAACACUCAGAAGAAAAAGAAUAUGACAGCACCUCACUUCCCGGAACAGCCACUGAAGAAGGGAACGGAAACUAUUUCAAUACUCUUACUGUCCCUGAAAUCAACCUUCGAGAAGCGAGCAGCGCUGAAACCCUAACUCCUCAUCCCUCUGUUGUUCCGCCGCCUAAGAGAAAUCCAGAAUGGCAUAUGACACCACAAGUCAUUCGGAACGCCGAACGUGAUGAGGCAGCUGGCUUCAAGAAACGCGAGCUAGGAGUUACUUGGCAUGAUCUGUCGGUCGAGGUUCUCGCUGCUGAAGCAGCAGUCAAAGAAAACAUGAUCUCCCAGUUCAACGUUCCUCAACUCAUCAAAGACUUCCGCCGCAAACCACCUCUCAAGUCGAUCUUGUCGAACAGCCAUGGAUGUGUCAAGCCUGGUGAAAUGCUUCUUGUCCUUGGAAGACCCGGAUCUGGAUGUACUACGCUUCUCAAAAUGCUUUCCAAUCGCCGCGAGGGAUAUAAGAACAUCGCUGGAGACGUACGAUUUGGAAACAUGACACCGGAAGAAGCAUCAAAAUAUCAAGGGCAAAUUGUAAUGAACACUGAGGAGGAGCUUUUCUACCCUCGGUUGACAGUGGGUCAAACGAUGGAGUUUGCUACCAAGCUUAAAGUCCCCUACCACCUUCCCGGCGAAGCCAAGAGUGUUGCCGAGUAUACCGCUGAGACCAAGCAGUUUCUCCUGGAGUCUAUGGGAAUCGCCCAUACUGCCGAUACAAAGGUCGGCAAUGAAUUCGUCCGAGGUGUCAGUGGUGGCGAAAGAAAGCGAGUGUCCAUUAUUGAGUGUUUGGCAACCAGAGGUUCUGUUUUUGCUUGGGACAAUUCGACAAGAGGACUCGAUGCUUCCACGGCCUUAGAGUGGGCCAAAGCUCUUCGCGCCAUGACUGACGUCCAGGGUCUUUCUACUAUUGUAACGCUUUAUCAAGCUGGAAAUGGAAUCUAUAAUCUCUUCGACAAGGUUCUCGUCCUCGACGAAGGGAAACAGAUCUACUACGGCCCAGCAUCGGAAGCUAAACCAUUCAUGGAGAACCUUGGAUUUGUUUACACGGACGGUGCAAACAUCGGUGACUUCCUCACAGGUCUAACUGUUCCGACCGAGCGAAAGAUCAGACCUGGCUGGGAGAACAGAUUUCCCAGAACGGCCGAUGCGAUUUUGAACGAGUAUCAGAACUCGGCGACAUACAAGAAUGAAGUGUCUCUGUACAUAUAUCCCGACACUCAACUUGCUGCCGAGCGCACAGAGGCAUUCAAGGAAUCUGUGGCCUGGGAAAAAUCCAAACACCUCCCCAAGGGUAGUGAUCUGACCACUAGUUUCUGGGCCCAGCUCAUGUCGUGCACGGCCAGACAAUACCAAAUCCUCUGGGGCGAGAAGAGCACGUUCCUAAUCAAACAAGUUCUGUCGUGUGUCAUGGCUUUGAUUGCUGGAUCGUGCUUCUACAACUCUCCAGAUACUUCUGCAGGUCUCUUCACCAAGGGCGGUGCCGUGUUCUUCUCUUUGCUAUAUAACUGCAUCGUCGCCAUGUCUGAGGUCACGGAGUCUUUUAAAGGUCGUCCUAUCCUGACAAAGCACAAGUCUUUCGCCAUGUAUCAUCCAGCCGCUUUCUGUCUGGCGCAGAUUACCGCAGAUUUUCCCGUUUUGCUAUUCCAGUGCACAAUCUUCUCUAUUGUGAUCUACUGGAUGGUUGGAUUGAAGCAUACCGCAGCAGCGUUUUUCACCUUUUGGGCUAUCCUUUUCACCACUACUUUGUGCAUCACUGCGUUGUUUAGGUUUAUCGGUGCUGCUUUCAGUACUUUCGAAGCUGCAUCCAAAAUCAGUGGUACUGCGGUCAAAGGAAUUGUGAUGUACGCAGGAUAUAUGAUUCCUAAGCCCCAGAUCAAAAAUUGGUUCCUCGAGCUAUACUACACCAACCCUUUCGCUUAUGCAUUCCAAGCGGCCUUGACCAACGAAUUCCAUGACCAACAUAUCGACUGUGUUGGGGGAAAUCUGAUUCCCAGUGGCCCUGGAUACGAGAACGUUGGGUCAGGCCACAAAUCUUGCGCUGGGGUGGGUGGUGCCCUUCCUGGCGCGGAUUAUGUGACCGGAGACCAGUAUCUCUCAUCCCUUCGCUACAAGCAUUCCCAGAUGUGGCGAAACUUCGGUGUUGUCUGGGCCUGGUGGGGCUUCUUUGCUGUUUUGACGGUUGUCUUCACCUGCUUCUGGAAAUCUGGAGCUGCAUCUGGUUCAUCGCUUCUCAUUCCACGUGAGAAUCUCAAAAAACACCAGGUUGGCAAUGAUAGCGAUGAGGAGGCCCAAAACGAGAAGCGUGCGGCUCGCAUCACUCCGGAUGAGCCAGUUCAAGUGGAUGAUGAAAAUCUUGUUCGCAACACGUCCAUCUUCACCUGGAAGAACCUUACUUACACGGUCAAGACACCAACUGGCGACCGAGUUCUCCUCGAUAACAUCAACGGUUGGGUGAAACCUGGUAUGCUCGGUGCUCUCAUGGGAUCUUCUGGUGCCGGCAAAACGACUUUGCUCGAUGUACUCGCGCAACGCAAGACUGAAGGCACUAUCAGAGGCUCAAUCUUGGUCGAUGGUCGCGAGUUACCGGUAUCUUUCCAGAGAAUGGCAGGAUACUGUGAGCAGCUGGAUGUCCACGAGUCGUACGCCACUGUGAGAGAAGCGUUAGAAUUUUCUGCUCUCCUUAGACAGUCUCGAGACAUUCCGAAGGCAGAAAAGCUCAAUUACGUCGAAACCAUCAUUGACUUGCUGGAACUACACGACCUCGCCGACACCCUGAUUGGUACCGUGGGCAAUGGUUUAUCUGUUGAGCAGCGAAAGCGUGUCACGAUCGGAGUAGAGCUCGUCUCGAAGCCUAGCAUUCUAAUCUUCUUGGAUGAGCCUACAUCUGGUCUUGACGGUCAAUCCGCUUAUAAUACCGUCAGAUUCCUUCGGAAGCUAGCGGACGUGGGCCAAGCAGUCCUCGUCACUAUUCACCAACCUUCUGCUCAGCUUUUCGCUCAAUUCGACACUCUUCUUCUACUCGCCCGAGGUGGAAAAACCGUAUACUUUGGUGACAUUGGCGAUAACGGAGCCACAAUCAAACAGUACUUUGGUAAUUAUGGGGCUAUCUGUCCCCAAGAGGCGAAUCCAGCAGAAUUCAUGAUUGAUGUUGUCACCGGUGGUAUUGAAGAAGUGAAGGACAAAGAUUGGCAUCAGAUCUGGCUUGACUCUCCUGAGCAGCAGGAGAUGAUCACCGAGCUGGACAGAAUGAUCGCCGACGCGGCUAGCAAGCCACCAGGUACUGUAAACGAUGGCUAUGAGUUCUCGAUGCCACUAUGGGAACAGAUCAAGAUCGUCACUCAGCGUAUGAAUGUCUCUCUCUUCCGCAAUACGGCCUACGUUAACAACAAGUUUUCGCUUCACAUAAUUUCGGCAAUGUUGAACGGAUUCUCUUUCUGGCGACCUGGCCCCAGCGUGUCAGCUUUGCAGCUCAAGAUGUUCACGAUCUUCAAUUUUGUCUUCGUUGCUCCAGGCGUCAUCAACCAGCUGCAACCCCUCUUCAUCCAGCGCCGCGACAUCUACGAUGCUCGUGAGAAAAAGUCCAAGAUGUAUUCUUGGGUCGCUUUCGUCACUGGGCUUAUCGUUUCGGAGUUCCCGUAUCUCUGCAUUUGCGCUGUUCUCUACUUUGUUUGCUGGUACUGGCCCGUCUGGAGAUUGCCCCAUGACUCUGACCGCUCCGGAGCCAUCUUCUUCAUGAUGUUGAUCUACGAGUUCAUCUAUACCGGUAUUGGUCAGUUCAUUGCUGCCUAUGCACCGAAUCCGACAUUCGCGGCCCUUGUCAACCCAUUGAUCAUCAGUGUUCUCGUUCUCUUCUGUGGUGUUUUCGUUCCAUAUGAUCAGCUGAACGUGUUCUGGAAGUACUGGAUGUACUACCUUAACCCUUUCAACUAUGUUGUCAACGGCAUGUUGACUUUCGGUCUCUGGGGACAGAAGGUAACUUGCAAUGAAAACGAGUUCGCUGUCUUUGAUCCGACCAAUGGUACUUGUGGCGAGUAUCUGGCGGAUUACAUGAGUGGUAAGGGCAGUGGAGUCAAUCUGUUCAACCCAGAUGCUACCUCAGGCUGCAAGGUCUGUGAGUACACAACUGGAAGUGACUUCCUGCAGACACUCAACGUCAACCAUUAUUAUUAUGGAUGGAGGGAUGCAGGUAUCACUGUCAUCUAUGCUAUUUCGGGCUAUGCACUUGUGUUUGGUCUGAUGAAGCUCAGAACCAAGGCGUCAAAGAAAGCAGAGUAA